UGACAUAGACAUACAAUACAUGGACUGCUUGGGAAGAGUUUAUCAAGCAGGAAACAUGCAUCUCCACAAGCGUAAAAUCCUAAUAAGUAGCACAUUGAGUAGCUUUGACACAAACCCCACUCUAGUGUUUUUGUUUUUUUUUGUCAGGAAUAACACAGUGAUAUGUCUUCAUUAGGAUGUAAUGAGGAAACAACAGCUGACUUCACACACGCACUGAGCUUCCCAAAUGAUUGUGGGUACAAUCUAUAGAUAACACAAGAAUUAAACAAUACUGUUUCUCCUCCUUUCUCUCAGGCCUGAUUGAGCCUUCAGUGCUUUUCACUUAAAAUCAUACUCAUCACCAAUUGCCAAAUAGGCCGACUAUUACAAAACACACACUGUGUUUCAUGCGAGCGUGGCGGAUCUGACAUCCACCUCGCAAAGUGCACGUGUGUAAGAGAGAGAGGAAGAUUUCGAAUGAAUUUAAGAGAUUCAGAUAUUGCAACAGAUGUGCAUUUGCCAGUAUUCAGCUAUUUUCCAUCAGCUCUUUGAAGAAUGCCAAUAUCAGUGUUUCCCACAGAUCGCUCUGUGUUGCCCUUCGGACAUUCCAUUCAUACCCUUGACCUUUGACCUGAGAAUGUUCCUCUCAGGGGAAGACUUUGAAAUUCUUGCAAUGUCUGCAAAACAAAAAUGCAAGCCAAACUCCUCCAGCUCAACAAAAAAGGUAAUGAUCUCAUACUGUAGUUAUAAUACUACUUUGCAUUGUAUGUGUAUCAGGACUGAAGGUAGAAUUCAAUCCUUGAUACUGUUAUCCCUUUCAUAGUGCUGGAACUGUUUUUAAGACCCACUGCAGCUCUGACCUACUUGUGUCAGUGCACACAGUACACAUGUACAUGUUUUUUUUCCCUUUUUCAUCGAGUGUGUGUGUAGAGUCUGUAUAUGUUUGUUAGAGCUCAUGGCGGUGUGGGUUGGAGGCAAACUCUCUGUGGAAGUGUGCAGUGUGAGAAGCUGGCUGUUUGGACAGCUUUAGGACCACGGUAGGCUAGUUGGAUGUAGAAUCAGUGGAGGUGUGGCCAGGAUGCAAGGAAACGCGAUGAACAGUGGAGUGUUGCGUACAUAAAAUUACAAGUUAGGUCUCUAAUUUUUGAGUCAUUGAUGAAACUGUAAUUUACCAUUUCCUCACUUAGUGGUGGAGUCAGGGUCUUGGGCUGCAUGAGUGCUGCUGGUACUGGGGGAGCUGCGGUUCAGUGAAGGAAGCAUGACUUUCAACAUGUACUGGGACAGCCAUCAGCUCCAUGAUAUUAUCAUAGAGAACUGGAAGAGGAUUCUAAUAACAACCUCUACAGCUAAGAGGGUUAAGGCAGUGCUAGCUAACAAUGGUGCUCAAACUAAAUAUUGACACGUUGGACACAAUUUGGAUAUGUUCACUGUAAGGUCUAGUCACUUGUGUUUUUUGCUAUUUAGAUAAUAAUGGCUGUGUGUUGAGUCAUUCUCAGAGGACAGUAAAUCUAUACAAGUUGUACACAGACUACACAGACUAUGAUAAUAUGAUAAUAACAAUAAUAAUAAAAUGUGAGCGGUGUACUCACUUUUGUGAGAUUUAUUGUGUUUUCAUUUGCUUACGUACUGGAAUGCUUGAGAAAAUCCACACAUUGCAUACGUCAUGGUUGUCUACAGCUAAGCAUUUGUCUUACAUGCUCCCGUGUUUGUUCCCCCGUGACCAUAAAAGGUAAAAUAAUGGACCACUUGCGGUUUCUCGGUUAGAUUAGUCCAAAAUAAUUACACAGGGGUGCUGUUCCUAAGAUGGCGUCAAAGCAGUGCUGAUGUGUCCAGUUGUCGUUUACACAUUCACCCCGUCUAAAGAACAGGUUUUAGUAAAGUCGUCAUGCCAAACACUAAAGAGCACUGGAAGCAAAUUUCCCACACAGUGAGUAAAAGAGCAAGAACGUCGCACAUUCCACUUUUUUUCAGUAGUGCCGUGACUGAAAAGGCCAGACGUCCCAUCAGGCUGUGCUGCUUGAUAGUUCACUCACAAGUGUUCCUCCCCGAAACAAAGAGGCAGACUCUCCACAUUUCUCAGCCCUCUCAGUGCCAGUGCUGUUGAACCCCUACUUUAUCCUGUGGCAUUCCAGACCAUCUUUCAUGCUGCUUCUUUCUGACAAUGCCAGACGGGUCAGGGGGCACUGUUUUCUCAGGGAGGGAAAGACCAAGCUGGUAAAAAAAAGAAAAAAAACUAAACAACAACACUUCAACACUACGAGGUGGAUAUCACAUUCAUGGGGUGUACAGUACCUUUACAAUACUGUGGCGCGGAAGUGUGGGAUUGCCCUGAAUCUGAGGUGUCUUGCUGUUUCGGACAGCACCUGAACGCCGCACGGCAGCAGCUGGGGCCCUCUCCAUGGAUAUAGACACAGAUUAUGAGCGGCCCAAUGUGGAAACCAUUAAAUGUGUGGUGGUAGGGGACAAUGCAGUGGGAAAGACCAGGCUUAUAUGUGCCCGGGCUUGCAAUGCCACCCUCACACAGUAUCAGCUGCUUGCCACCCACGUGCCAACCGUUUGGGCCAUCGACCAGUAUCGUGUAUGCCAGGAGGUGUUAGAAAGAUCUCGUGAUGUUGUGGAUGAGGUCAGUGUGUCCCUUAGGCUCUGGGACACAUUCGGGGACCAUCACAAGGACAGACGAUUCGCCUAUGGCAGGUCGGAUGUCGUGGUGCUUUGCUUCUCUCUAGCUAAUCCCAAUUCCCUGCGCCAUGUCCGCACCAUGUGGUUUCCGGAGAUCAAGCACUUCUGUCCACGGACACCCAUCAUCCUGGUUGGCUGCCAGCUGGAUCUCCGCUAUGCUGACCUCGAUGCAGUUAAUCGUGCACGCCGACCUCUUGCCAAACCCAUAAAACCAACAGAUAUUCUUCCUCCCGAGAGAGGCCAUGAGGUGGCAAAGGAGCUUGGGAUACCCUACUAUGAAACCAGCAUAGUUGCCCAGUUUGGAGUUAAGGAUGUUUUUGACAAUGCGAUCCGAGCUGCCCUCAUCUCCCGUCGUCACCUACAAUUUUGGAAGUCCCACCUGAAAAAAGUCCAGAGACCCCUUCUCCAAGCACCCUUCCUGCCUCCUCGCCCACCACGCCCCAUCGUGGGAAUUCCUGACCCUCCUCCCACUGACGGCGAGGGCCCUGAUUCCCUCUUCUGUCACCCACUUUGUGCAGAUGUUGUUUUUCUGCUGCAGGGUGGCACCACUCGUGUAUUUGCACACAAAGUUUAUCUGGCUACUUCCUGCUCCAAGUUCUACGACCUCUUCACCCUCGAUCUAGGUGCAGCCUGCAUGGGGCCACAGGGAGAGCAGGACAAAAGCAAGGAAAGCUCUGACAGUGGAGAGGAAGAUGAGCUCAGUAGAAGAGGAGCCAAGGAGCAAGCUGGCCGCACCAAGAGCCUGGACAUUGAUAAAGACGGAGUUGAUGGCUGUGUGCGAGGUCUGAGUCGACCCCCGCUGCUACAGCACGGCUCACUGCGGACUUCCCAGAGUGAUAAUGCUCUCCCCUCUCGAGCCCAGUACGCUCUAGGAGCUCCUGGGAGUGGCCGGGCACUUUCGGGAUGGGGAAGAGGGUUCUUGAGUGUUUGUCUGGAGCAUGUUGAUGACCCCAUGACUGGACGGCCACGACUAAUGACUGUGGUAGUCAUGGAUGCACUCAUACAGGAGGAGCCAUUCAAGGCGGUGCUUCAGUACCUGUACACCGGCAGCCUGAAUGAGGGUCGAGGCGACCUGAUGCAGGUGGCCACCAUCGCAGAGCUACUUGAGGUGUUCGACCUGCGGAUGAUGGUGGCCAAUGUACUCAACAGAGAGAGUUUCAUGAACCAGGAGAUAACCAAGGCGUUCCAUGUCCGCAGAGCCAACCGCAUCAAGGAGUGUCUCAGCAAAGGCACCUUUGCUGAUGUGGUGUUCCGGUUAGAUGAUGGCUACCUCCCGGCCCACAAGCCCCUGCUCAUUUCCAGCUGUGACUGGAUGGCUGCCAUGUUUCGUGGAUCUUUCAUGGAAAGCUACAUUGAGGAGGUGUCCAUUCCCACCACGACUACAGCAUGUAUGCAAGGUGUAUUGGAGUUUUUGUACUGCGGCAUGCUGACACCUUGUCCUUAUCUGGAGUCCAUAGAACUAAUUGUGGUGGCCAACCGUCUUUGUUUACCACGCCUGGUUGCCCUCACUGAGCAGCACGCAGUUGAAGAGCUCCUGCAGUUGGCAGUAAAAGGAGUGGACAUUGAUGGGCAGGUUUUGGCAUACUUGGAGCUGGCACAGUUCCACAAUGCCAAGCAGCUAUCAACCUGGUGUCUCCAUCACAUCUGCACUAAUUAUAAUAGCAUCUGCCGCAAGUUUCCCAAAGACAUGAAGGCCAUGUCUCCAGAGAACCAGAGACACUUUGAGAAGCAGCGCUGGCCACCCGUGUGGUUCCUGAAGGAGGAGGACCGCUACUUGCGCUCUCAGAAGGAGCGUGAGCACGAGGAGGAGAUCUUGCGCAAGCAGCACACCAAACGAGGCUGGUGUUUCUGGAGACACCCGUCCUCUUCGCCACACGUCUCUUAGGCAUCCUGCCCCUUCGUUGGGACUGUCAAACCCCCUUUUUUAAACGAAAGAGGUUGGAAGCCUCACUUUGUCUCUCAAUGCAAACCUGACUCAGUGUUACUCAGCUUGGAUGUCAGCAUGUGGCGAGGGAAUGUACUGUAUGUGCCUCUUUACAACCACGGGAGUGCAGUUUUGCCUACAUAAUGGUGGUGAUAGAGCGAAGCGCUUCCCUGACACCCUGACCCAUGAGGGCCUGUGGGGGGCAGCAGCAUACUUCCUUGGUCCCCCACACGCCAGAACUUCAAGGGCUUUCUAUCUCUCCCUGUCUCCAUCCUCCAUGUUGACCACUUGCAGCGCCGGUGUUUUUUGUUUUUUUUACGUGGGGGUCACCUUUGCCUUCACUUCUACACAGACUGUUAGCUUGCACACACACAGACCCGUGCCCAGGAUCUACCUAUCUACAACCAGCACUGGAUAUCCAGGAAUUGACUCAAUGUAACUAAUUAUUUUGAUAUAAAUUGUCCAUUUUAUAAUUCCCUUGCACCUUUUUACAUGACUCUUAUCAGAAGGGGAGUGGAGCACCUUCUCCUAGGAUGAGUUCAUCAAUCCAACUACCAAGAUUAGACUGUUAAUUUGAAGCACAUUUUUGGAUGCUGCAGUUAGGAGGCUUAACCACACCUAUUGACCUAUACAGUCUGUCUGCAUCCUGCACCUUUUGACCAUUUCCACACCCAAGCUCACCUUGAUGACACGGACUCGCCAAACUGCACUUCGGAGACAUUCAAGUGACCACUCAAUAGCAAUGACGGGAUUACGGAGCCUUACUUGAUGCCUCUUCUUGGAGGAAAGACGCAUACAGUAUUAAACAAAACCACCUGCAACGUCCAUGACCACUAGGCUGCAUGGAAGCGCCUCAGCAAGUCUGCCUUUACACCACUGCACCACUAGAGGUAGCAGUGCUCAGGGCUCCUGCACUACACAUUAACAUGUUUUUAUACCUGUGACUUGGGUUGGUAUCUCUACCAUGUAGGAGUAUUGGGGCCACACUGACAAUGAUCCUACAAGAAUAAAGUGAGUUACGUGAAUAAUUUUGCGAGCGAAAAGGUAUACAUGUGUGACAUUCACUCAUUACAAUUAUGCUGAUAAACAUUUUUUUCUGAAAAAAUACUUUAUUUUACCAUCACAGCUUUUUUUCUCGUAAUGUGACAACUUUUUUUCUUCAGAAUUGUAAUAUUUUUCUCCAACUUUUUUUGCGUAAUAUUGUGACUAUUUUCACAUGAUCAAGUUUUUCCUCAUAAUAUGACUUUCUCAUACUAAUUAUGAAUUUAUAUUUUUUAACAUUCUGACUUGUUUCUUGUCAUGGUGGCAUAAUCUCAACAUUAUGACUAGUUUAAUACAAAGACUGGGACUAUUGCAGCAUUAUGACUUUUUAUGGUUUUACAGUUAAGUUUUUUUUCUCACUAUCAAAAUGUUUUUCCUUAUUUUGACAACUUUUAUGGCUUUUUUUCUGUGAUCUUACUACUAUAUUCAAAUAAUAUUACAACUAUUGACAUAUUGCAGCUUUUUUCUGCUAAUAUUACACACUUUUUCCCCCCAUGCAUUACGUCUUUUUGGUCAAAAUAUGACUUUUCUCAGGACGUUUUGUUUUUUUUUUCAUUACAUUGCAGUAGCGUUUGAGUUUUUUCUCGCAGUAUUACAACAUUAACUUUAGAACUUUUGUAAUACAACUUGUCACAAUAUGACUUUUUUUUUCUCUCAAAAUAUGACUAACAUCACAGCUGUUUUCUUGUAAUAGUACAUACAAAUUUAUUCUUGCAACAUUAUGACUCUACUCGUAUUAGAACUUUUUUUUUCUCACCAUUUUUUUGUGGCCCUAAUACUCCUUAAUACGCAUGUAUCCCAAUGAGUGUUAAAAGGAAGCAAAUGUUCAUGCAAUGUGUCAUUUAGUGCAUUUAUUAACUAUGGUCACCUCACUUUGAAUACCAAAGCUGUGAUACUCUCUUCUUCCACACUGCUUCAGUUCUGCUUCCCUGUGCACCCUUGUUGAAAAGAUGGCAAUGUGAUGGUCGAGCGGUUUGGAGGGCAAAGCACGUGUUGGUUUUUGAAACCCACCUCUUGGCGGUGCAUUCUGAAGAAAAAAAAAAAGUCCCUUUUGCCUUCCGUUUCUUUUUGCUGGAAUUGAAAUUGGUGCUCAAUACACAGUGGGUUCUCAGUCGUCACAGUGCAGCAAGUCUCCAAGAAGGUCAUUCAGUUGAACAUGUGCUAACAGUGAGGAAAAGGUCAUUGGCUUUUACAAUGCGUAGCAUCCUUUUACACACACGGCAUGUGUUUUUGCUACUUUGGGAGAUUCUUUUGGAUUUGCAAUUAACCCCUCCCGUCACACAUGGCUUGAUGUAUACACGUAUGUUAGGGUGCUAAUUUCUUUGGGGCUUUAGGAAUCUUUUGUGGAAAUGGGACUUUCUAUUAGCAUGCUGUUCUAUUUGGAGGUGUGUGUGUGUGUGUGUCCCUCAGCUUCAGCUUUAGGAAAGGGGGAUAGAUUGUAUGAGUCAUGUGGCGUGUGUCGCCUUUUCUCGACAGGAGCUGCGAUAAUAUCCUGAAAUAGAAGCGGUAUCGACUCUCACGAGAGCCGAGUGAGAAUCGAGACAAUUUUUCACCGACAAUGGUGAACGUGGAGUUAAAGUACAACCUGCCUGGAUUUGGGAGUUUUGAAAGGCGACCCAAAGAGGUGGGAACAGAUUUGGGUGGACUUAACUAGACAUUUUUAUUAUGAAUUGUUGCUUUGGCCCAAAAUAGCCUCUUCUCUCAGUCCAUGUGCCUUAUAGUUGGACAAAUGUAGUCAAAAUCUGGCUUCCAGGCUCUUACUGUCAAAGCAGACAAGUUUUGGGUUUAAUGCUUGUAUUUUCCAAGCAGAUGGCUUUGAAUUGAACUCCAGUGUGUUGGUAUGACCACAUGGCCUCAGAUUAUUUCUUUUUGUGUGGAUGAUGUGGACGUUGAAAAAGACUCAAACUAUAUGGUUAGCGCACAUAGAGAGAUUGUGAUAAAGACGGCAGGUGGCUUCCUGCGGUGUAUUGUACAUGGUGUGUACUGUAUUGAGGGGAAAUGAACACGGUUAAGUAGGAUGCAGCCACUUGUUGGGAUGAGGUGCAUUUGCAUGGUGUAUGUAGGAAUGCACUUUUUUUUUCUUUUUUUUUGGUCUUAUGACCUUUUUGUGCUUAGCAUGAAUUGUUACAGAUGAUUGUAGCAAAUGUCUUCACUUCUUGAGCUUAAUUGAACCCUGUCAGCAGCGCUCUGACCUUUUUUAUAUACCGAUCACAGGUUAAACACUCAUAAUAUGCAGGGACAUUUAUACACAAAAACAAUCACCGGGCUUAUUUUAUAUAAUAUUUGUGGAAUUUCUACACUUAAUACAGGGUGUAAAACUCUUUUACAUUAAAAGUGACUUGAUAACGAAAUAUACACUUUUAUGAAUGUUCUCAAUGGUUGAAUGGCAAGUUCCAUUGGGUUUAGCAUGCAUGCAAUCAAUGAUAUUGGACUUGAUGGGAAAACAUUAUGCAUGUGUCUGGGGCUAUUUCAGCUACACCAGAACUUAUUUGUUUAAAAUGGGGACCCAAUGUCAAUAAUGCUUUUAGUUAUAAAAAAAAAGUGAUAAUUCUGAAUUGUAAGUUUUUUUUAAGAAAAGCUGACCUCCCAUAGGCCAAAGUUCUACUCAGUCACACACUGAUGUCAUGUUUUAGUUCUUCUUGUGCUUAAUUUCUGCCAGCGGUUUCCCAAGUGUGCAGUGGGCCUCCCCCUAGAGAGUUCAGGAGAGGUGUAGCAGCUUGAUAAAAACAAAGAAAAACAUAGGUUUCAAACUCUAUUAAACUAACUUCAGUUAUAUUUGAAGGCAAAUUGAAAUUGUUUUUCAUAGUCUGGGGCAAAAUAUGCACUAGAAAAUAAUUUUUGGGGGGGAGGGAAUAUUGGAGGCACCAACCUUCUUAUAAUCUUUGUGGGGAGGCUCACAGUGUCACACUGAAACCCUCUGAUCAGUGCUAUUACAUCCACUUUUCAAUGUCACAUUCUUCCCAGUAUGUGGAGUCUUUGAGAGAGAACACUUGCUUGUGCCUUCAGUGAACUCUUCACACCUGUUGUAGCCCUGUACAGGCUGACCACACUGCACCUGCAGCCCUACAAUAUGCUUCUAUUCAAGUUAAUUAAGCCAAAAAAAAAGUAAUCACACACAAGAAUAACAUUAGGCAGCUUUGAAUAUGUUUUUUGCAGUGAUAACACGUGUAACCAAGCUUUAGGGGGUUUACUAUGUGGGAUUAUCAAAUGCUCAAGUUACGCAACAAUUGAAUUGUGAAGCAACCCUGCACACCAGCAGUUUUAAAAAUGAGGUUGGUGCACUUUUAUUAGGUGCCUGUACUUUCUUUUAUGUAGCCUAUAAUGAAACAUUUUGUGAUAAAUACGCCGAAGUCUUUAUAUUUACCAGAAUUCAUCUUAUUCCUGUUGUCACUCUCUCAUGUGGUCACCAGAUUCAGUAUUAUACGCUUCCACUAUUCACAUGCAGACUAAUUCUGUUGCAUUGAUGCAUAAUAAAAUCAGUAAACCUGGUUGGAUAAAACAAGUACAGAUGCGAUGCUUUAAUUUAGAUAGUUGUUAUCCAAAGUUCAGUCCAGUAUUUUGGAUGGUUGAUGUAGAGCUGCAACGUCCUGUAUUUGUCAUAUUGAGCUGUUGAACUGUCUGAAUAGUGUUCUUGUGCACUUUUGUUUUCAUGUGACUUUUAUUAUUAACCUUCACUGCUCAUGUGUAUGACCAUAAAACAAAUAGCACACCCUCACCGACUAUUAAGGGCUUUCUAAAAAAAAAAAAAAAAAAAAAAAAAACAAUCAGAAUGUUUGCUGCUGUUUGCAAAAAAAUGUUUUGAAACAGUUUGGAAUACUUUUUGAACCUCUAUGAUUUGUACAAAAAAAUUCCCCCCAAAAAAUGAAAAAGUUUUUUUGUUUUUUUUUCUUUUUGCCAUUUCAGUAUUUGAUGUUUGACAUGGAUUUUAUUAAAAUUGAUAAUCUUUUGAACGGG